CAUGAAUCGCAGACGGCAUCAUGAUGGAGACGAAGAUGGAUAUGAGCAUCGCAAUCGUAAACGUCGCCGUGUUUCCGAGAAUCAAGAAAUUGAAGAUCGUUUGGAAUCACUGAUUUUGCGUGUUGGCGAACGUAGCACAUCCUCGGUUGAAUCAAAUUUGGAGGGCCUUGUUUCGGUAUUGGAAGCAGAUUUGGGCACCUUCCGUUUGAAAAUCUUGCGUAUUCUCUCCGAUUGUGCCGUAAAAAUGCCUGAGAAGUGUACCAUCUACACGACACUGGUGGGUCUAUUGAAUGCCAAAAAUUACAAGUUUGGCGGUGAAUUUGUCGAUCACAUGGUCAAGAUAUUCAAGGAGUCACUGAAACAGUGCAAAUGGAAUAGUGCACGUUACUCGCUGCGCUUUUUGGCCGAUUUGGUGAAUUGUCAUGUCAUUUCGGCUUCGUCGCUUUUGCAAUUGUUGGAUACCAUGAUUGAUGUAUCCAAUGAGGAUACAGUACCACAAGUACGACGUGAUUGGUAUGUGUUUGCUGUCCUCUCCACCCUGCCAUGGGUUGGUCGUGAUUUAUACGAAAAGAAGGAGUCUUCAUUGGAGUCGUUGUUGCUACGCAUUGAAGUGUAUCUUAACAAACGGUCGAAGAAACAUCAUAACGCCUUGCGUGUUUGGUCUGUGGAUGCACCACAUCCCCAGGAAGAAUAUUUGGAUUGUUUGUGGGCCCAAAUUCGCAAAUUACGUCAAGACAAUUGGGCCGAGAAACACAUUCAACGUCCCUACUUGUCAUUCGAUUCCAUAUUGUGUGAAGCUCUGCAACACAACUUGCCGCAGAUUGUACCACCACCACAUCACGAAUCAUAUGAAUAUCCCAUGCCAUGGGUUGUCUAUCGUAUGUUCGAUUACACAGAUUGUCCCGAUGGUCCCAAUUUACCCGGUGCCCAUUCGAUUGAACGUUUCCUAAUCGAAGAACAUUUGCAUCACAUCAUUGAAAUGCAUCAUAAAGAGCGAAAAGAUUGUGCUGCCCAGCUAUUGGCAUUCCCCUAUAAAAAUAAAGUACCCCUCGAAUAUUGUAUUGUAGAAGUUAUAUUCGCUGAACUAUUCCAUAUGCCGACACCACGUUAUUUGGAUAUUGUCUACGGUUCAAUUCUCAUUGAAUUGUGUAAAUUACACCCGGCCACCUUGCCCCAGGUGUUGGCUCAAGCUACGGAAAUUUUGUUUAUGCGUAUCGAUUCGAUGAACACAUCAUGUUUUGAUCGUUUCGUUAAUUGGUUCUCAUAUCAUUUGAGUAAUUUCAAAUUUACAUGGUCAUGGGAAGAAUGGGAUAGUUGUUUGCUAUUGGAUAUGGAGCAUCCACGUCCCAAAUUUAUACAGGAGGUUUUGCAGAAGUGUUUGAGAUUGUCAUAUCAUCAACGUAUUGUCGAAAUGAUGCCUGAAACAUAUGGUAAAUUAUUACCCGUUCAACCAGCACCAAAUUACAAAUAUGCAUCUGAAGAAGCUGCUUCAUUGGCCGGCACCCAAGUAGCCCAUCAAUUGGUUGUGGCUAUACGCCAAAAAUGCACCCCAGAGGAAGUUAUUAACAUCCUAAAAGAACUGCCAAAUUCGGGUGAAAAUGCUGAUCAGGAAAUGUCGGAAACCUCAUUUAAUCCAUUGAAAAUCGAUGUCUUUGUCCAGACCCUAUUGAAUUUGGGCUCGAAAUCGUUUUCACACAGUUUUGCAGCAAUAUCGAAAUUUCAUUUAGUUUUUAAGGCCUUGGCUGAAUCGGAAGAAGCCCAAAUAUGCAUACUUCACAAUGUAUUCGAAUUGUGGCAGAAUCAUCAACAAAUGAUGGUUGUAAUCAUUGAUAAGCUGCUGAAGACACAAAUUGUUGACUGUUCGGCAGUAGCCACAUGGAUUUUCUCCAAAGAAAUGACCGGUGAAUUUACAAAAAUGUAUCUUUGGGAGAUAUUACAUUUGACCAUACGAAAAAUGAAUAAACAUGUUAUAAAAUUAACUCAUGAAUUGAAUGACGCCAAGGAAAAACUAUCAAAAGCCGACUCAUCAUCAAGCGAUUCAGAAGAUGAGGCAGCACCAAAACGCAAGAAACCCGUAACCACCGUCGACAAACCAACAGAAGAGAUGGUUGAACGCAUGGAAGAAAAAUUGGAAGCUGCCAAUGUCGAUCAGAAACGUCUAUUUCUUAUUGUAUUCCAGAGAUUUAUUAUGAUUCUCUCAGAACAUUUAGUUAGAUCGGAUACAGAUGGUCGGGAUCCCGAUACCGACUGGUAUCGCUGGACAAUUGGACGUUUGCAACAAGUUUUCUUAAUGCAUCAUGAACAAGUGCAAAAAUACAGCAGCACUUUGGAAACCCUUCUCUUUACAUCCGAUUUGGAUUCACAUAUAUUGGAUGUGUUCCAUCAGUUUGUUGCACUUCGCGCUUAAACGGCGGGAUUAUAGCAUAGCAAAAAAA